CACACAUUCGUUCGAUCCAUCCACAUAGUCAUGACCGUCAGCUGAUACCUCGCACAAUUGGUAAGUAUGACUUCCAGAACUGAGAAGCCCCGCACUCCCUGCUACUCCCUGGCCGAGACCGCCUCGCCUCGCAGCGGCAGCACCACGUUGAGUGCACGCGGUCGAAGUAGGAACUGAACUCAAUUCUGCUGUUGCCUCCUCAUCUACACCCACGUCCUCUGAUAGCCCGGGCCAGCCCGUACCAGAUACCAACAUGGGAGCCGAUGAACUCGAUGCCCGAAAGUCAGUCCACGUAGUCGAUUAUACGCCCAGCACGGAAGUGUGGUACAGCGAUGGCAGCGUCGUCCUCGUCGCCGAGAAGACGGCCUUCCGAGUCCAUGGCACCAUCCUAGCGACGCACUGCGAGAUUUUCAAGGACAUGUUUGCCAUGCCGCAACCCGUCACGCCUGACCCCAACGCCGAGACUUACGAAGGGUGUCAGGUCUUGCGCCUGCAGGACUCAUCGACGGACCUCAAGCACUUCCUCAAGACUAUCUACGACUUCACGUACUUUCGACCGGGGUCGAAGACAAAGUUCCCCAUCGUCGCUGCCGUGCUCCGCUUAGGGACGAAGUACGACGCACCCGCUCUCCGCCAACGUGCCGUCGACCAUCUCUCAACCGCGUAUCCCUUUUCACUCGAGGAGUGGGGCCGGAGGGCUUCCAAGCGCCUGGUCCCUCCCUUCGAGAACGAGCUCGCGGCUUACAUCGAGCUGGCGAUAGAGACCGACAUCCGUGUGGUCCUUCCGGCGCUGUACUACGCCGCGAGCAGGGUACCGCUGCCCGACGUCCUUACCAUGUUGCACAACCUGGCGGUGGCACCGGGCGUGCAGUGGGACGUGUGCCGUGCAUUCCUCGUCGGCAGAGAGAAGCUUCUGCUUGCGGAGCAGGCCAGUGCACUCGCGUUCUUGCAGCCCGACUUCCCUCGAUCAGACUGUCGGGGCGGCUCUUGCAGGCAAAGGAUCGACGAGACAGCGAAAAAAACGCUUCCCAAACCUGUCAGCGAUCCGGAGCCGUUCUAUCGGUGGUGUAUGGACAAGCCAGACGAGAUGGCUAAAAAUAUCGCGCUAUGCGAAAGCUGCCAGGGCACCGUGGCGACGUCCAUCAAGAACGGAAAGCAGAAGCUUUGGGAGCAGCUGCCUGACUUCUUCGGACUGCCGGGCUGGGACACCUUGAGGGCCAGAGACGGGCUUGACGUCAAUGAUGACCAGGAUAGUGCAUGAGCGCGAGCGCGAGACUCCGGUUGUAUCAUACAUGGAUACCAGGCAAUUUGUACGCAUGCUGCUGCAGGUUCGGUGUAACACAUCCUGCACACUUGAUGGGCUACCGCAGUGGCCCUCUCUGGCUUCGCAGGUCGUUAACCGCCUCACCUUCCUAUGCGUAUACAUUCCACAAACCCCUUUCACCCCGGUUUAUGACUGCGCGCAUGUACAAUACGUUGGCGCCGUUGAUAUCCAGAGUGCAUGUCGAUCGAUUAGCAGAAAGCGUUUCUAUACAAAAUACAAGCAC